AAAAAAAAAAAGUAAAAACAAAAUAAAAUGUAAUAAUCCCAAAAAGCAAAUGAAUAAUCGGAUAUAAUAGAAGAGAAAAUUUAAACAGUAAAUGGUGAUACUUUAAUAAAGAAAUAUUAAAUAGGUGGAUUAUUAGGAAAAGGAGGUUUUGCAAAAUGUUAUUCCGUGACAAAUAUGGAAACAAAGAAAAUAUUAGCAGCAAAAUUCAUGCCUAAGAAUGCUUUAAUAAAGAAUCGAUCUCGUUAAAAAUUAAUAUCGGAAAUAAAAAUUCACAAAUCAUUACACCAUAACAACAUUGUAAAAUUUGAACAUGUAUUUGAAGAUGACGAAAACGUUUAUAUAUUAUUAGAACUAUGUCCUCACUAAACCUUAAACGAAUUAAUAAAACGCAGAAAGCUUUUAUCAGAAUUAGAAACAUAAUGCUAUACAGUCCAAAUAGUAAAUGCUUUAAAAUAUUUACACGCAAAUCGAAUUAUACAUAGAGAUUUGAAACUUGGAAAUCUUUUUAUAGGUGAUAAAAUGGAAAUUAAAGUUGGAGAUUUUGGAUUGGCUACAAAACUAGAAUUUGAUGGCGAAAAAAAAAGAACUAUUUGUGGAACUCCCAAUUAUAUUGCACCCGAAAUUCUCGAUGGAAAAAUUGGACAUUCUUACGAAGUCGAUGUUUGGUCUCUAGGAGUUAUUAUUUAUACACUUUUAAUUGGAAAACCUCCAUUUGAAACUUCAGAUGUUAAAUCUACUUACAAAAGAAUUAAAUAAAAUUCUUAUUCCUUUCCCGAUCAUGUUUAAAUUUCUGAUGCAGCCAAGUCUUUAAUUUCAUCAAUUCUACAAACAGAGCCUUCUGAUAGACCUACUAUAGAUGAAAUAUUAGCACAUAACUUUAUUAAUAAUGGAGGGACAAUUCCACUAUUAUUACCUGUUUCUACAUUAUAAACCGCUCCAAAUAGUAGUUAUUUGAAAAUAAUAUGCGCCAUCAGCAACAAAUUUAAAGGCAAAUUAAGAAUCAUUAUAAAUAAAUACUGAAAUAUUUAGUUCGAGGAUUCCCAGAAAUACAGGUUUAGUCAAAAGUGUAACAUCUACGACUUUCAAAGGUUAAGGAUAAUUCAAUACAAAUGGAAGUAUGUCUUAGUUUACGCCAAAUUAAUAAAAUUAAGUCAAUAAUUAAAGCGGAAAUUAACUUUCGAAAAUUUUUUCUUAAUAAAAAGUAGAAAUUGCAAAAUUAUAAAAUUCGAGCAAUUAAUAAGAUGUAUUUUAGAAAAAAGGACUCGUGUAAUCAUAACAAAUACAAUCAAUUCAAAUAUAAGAUGAUUGUUAAAUACAAGUAAAUAGUACUUGCGCAUAUAUAUGCGCAUAUGUAGAUUAUUCAAGCAAAUAUGGAUUAGGAUAUGUACUUUCUAAUGGAAAUUAAGGAGUAUUUUUUAACGAUAAUACAAAAGUUUUGUUAGAAACAGAAACAGGAAAUGUCUUUUAUAUUUAAAAAAUUAAUAAUCAAGACAUAAUUUAAUAAUAUACUAUUUCCAAUUUUCCUCAAGAAAUGCAAAAAAAAAUUACACUUCUUUAACAUUUUAAAAAUUAUUUAGAAGCUGAAAUUCAUAAAAAAGGAAUUAAGAUAUAAAAAAGUAAUGAACAGUAAACAACUUAUCUUAAAAAAUGGAUGAAAACAAGACAUUCAAUUAUGUUUAGAUUUUCUAAUAAAGUAGUUUAGGUAUAGUUUGUUGACCAAACUGAAAUAAUUCUUAGCAGCCAAGAAAAAAUUGUGACUUUUCUUAAUAAAUAGCAAGAAAGAUUAUAUUAUCCAUUAGCUUAGGCUAUGAAUUCAAAAAAUACUGAAAUGACUAAAAGAUUAAAAUACACUAAAGAUAUUCUCACACAUUUACUUAAAAAUAAUCA